GGGUUUGAUUACUCACCAAAAGCUCGCAUCACAGACACACCAAGUUCUUGAUGAUGCUCCCCCAUCCAACAAUGCAAUAAAUAAGACGGGAUCUUGUGCUGGUUGGAGUGGGGUGGGAUAUGUAUAUGCAGUGCUCAGGAGGAUAUAGUGCUCAGGAGGGUGAUGAAGAUUUGAAGAUGGUGAAGAAGUUGUCGGAGAGUUAGAAGAACCAGUUCAUUGUUGAGAGCAGACAAGAAAACUCUAGUGCUUCGCUUGUUACUCGUCUGCAUCCUACGAUUGCCUCACAACAAUCAAACCUUCGCCAAAGAAGACGACUCUGAAGAUUUGAAUAUCUUUCCCUGCAUAUCCUCCACGGCUGCUCCUACAUAAGUACAUACGAGCUCCGUGUCUGCAACUAAUAAAACUUGCUCAACUGCAUCUCGCACAAAGAAAGAAAUUUUAACGAGCUGUAUUUACUCUUUAAAGAAGAAUUAUUGUACUCAAUGGAUCGAAUGAGAGAGCGGAUAAAAGCGUACAUUAAAUGCUAGACACAUUUAAUAUAGAUAAAGCCUAAAUUCUGCACCGGCAUGUUGUAAAUUAUAAGUACAACGAUACCACGACGAGUGGGGUUGCCUUGAAAUUAGGAUUAAUUACACAGAGCGAGAGCUACUCUAAAUAUUUGUGAUCUUCAUUCGGUUCGGUUGUGUAACAAUAAUAACGUGGUGUGGACGAUGAGUCGGUGGUGUUAAUGAGGAAGUCAUAUCUCUGCAAAAUUUCUCAUUGUCGUCGUGUGUUAAUUUGUGAGCAGCGUCUUAAUAUGUUUUAAAUAAGUCUCAUCAUAAUCAUAAUAAUAACGGAGAAUUUCUUUGUUGGUGUUGCUGCUCUUGUUGUUGUUAAUACUUUGUGAUUGUUGUGCGUGCAGCAGUUCUCCUGUCGAUGUCAUUUUCCAAAAGUUGUUAAUAUUCUGCUCCUACUGUUCCAACAAAGAAGAAGAAUGACGAGGAGGAACGGGAUUCAUUAUUAAUAUACCUCAAUUUGGUGUCAUGAGGCUGACGGAAUGCAAAUGAGCAUCAUGAUAAUUAUUUCUAUUGCUAUUAUCAAGCACUUGUUGUGAUGUGACGACGAUAAGGAGAAGAAGAAGAAGACUACGAACAGAUACGACGCGAUCGAGUUGCAAACACACACAUUUUUCAAGACAAGGGUUGGAUUUAAAAAAUUGCAGCAAUUGGAAGCCCAUUUCACACGGUGGGGUGGCCCAUGCACACUGCCACCAACGCGGCCACCACCAACAACAUGGACACCGAGUCCUUGAAGAGCGGCUUCUCCGAACUGAGCUCCCGGUCCCGCGGGGGGAGACUCACCCUCAACCCCAACGGCAGCGUCGUCUCCCUCCCCGGAAAUCGACCCCAUCACCUCAGACCCCAACACCACAGGUCACACAACAACCACAGUCGAUCUGGUCGGAACUCUCGGAGGGAGGAGCCGCUACUGGAAACACCAGAAAGCUGUCAUGGUUCGGACGGUCUGAUGGACUCACCAGAAGCCAACCGUCCCCCGCACGAGGUCAUCGAGGUUCAAAUCCUACCCCAGGAGGACGAAUGGAGAGACACUGCUACGGCUGUGACCGGAAACACCUCGGAUCGGUCCAACUCCCCCGUGGGCAAUGGGGGCAACCACUCCUCCGUCAAGUGGGCCACCAUAGUCACGGACGACAACUCUGGCAACGAUGACCUUUCCUGGUGUCAGCGAUAUUUGGGGAGCGUGAUGGGGGCUGGAGUGGUCGUGAUGGCAGUGGCCUCACCCAUCCUCAUGGUCGUAGGUCACAGGAUCGGCUGGCCCCCGGCGUCCUCCUCCAGGGGAACAGCUCUAAGUCGGGAAUGUGGACCCGAGUGCCACGCCCUCCUCCUCACGCUCGCCGUCAAACUCAUCGCCCUCUUUGGCGCAGUCUGGGCGAUAUUCUGGAAGGGUUCCCCUGCAACAAUGCCACGAAUCUUCUUCUUCCGCGCCAUCGCCCUCCUCCUCGCCUUCCUCGCCGCCUUCUCAUUCUGGCUCUUCUACUGGGUGAGGGCUGAGGAAGAAGGUGACCUUUCGAUCGUGGGUGCAACUGCCUUUGCUGGAGGUUUAGCCGAUGCCCUCCUUGCCAUUCACUACCUCGGCGUUUUGCUCACAGAAGUUCGUCACCUGUCACCACAGUUCCAGAUCACCGUGCUUCGAUCUCCCGACGGGGUGUCGGCGUCCUGGGUGGUCGGGAGUCUGAGCAUACAGCGUGCAGCGGUGUGGGUACUGCAACGCUACUACGCCGAGUUUCCAGCUUACAACCCCCACCUGGAGAGAUUGCCCCUGCUGCGGAAGCGCCAUCCCUCAUCCGCCAUCUCCUCCGCCCCCUCCUUCAAGUUCUACGACUUUGACUCCUCCACAUUUGCACCCACGUCAGGAAGUCGCCUCUCGCGCCGAGCCGCCUCCCACAAUGAGCGCUUCUACGAGGAGCACGAGUACGACCGGAGAGUGAGGAAGAGGAGGGCGAGGCUCGUCGCUGCCACGGAGGAGGCCUUCACCCACAUUCGGAGGUUGCAGGACGAACAAGGUCCAGCCGUCCCUUUGGAUGCGGGAGAAGCAGCUGCAGCGGUGUUUCCAUCCCUGGCACGCCCACUGCAGAAAUACCUCCGCGUGACACGGCAGCAACCUUGGCACACGGCGGACUCUGUCCUCACCCACCUGGCCACCUGUCUUCGGCUGGGGCUUGCUCCGAGAUCAUUUCUUGACCGAUACUUAUCCUACCAACCCGUCCUUCAGGGUUCUCGGGAAGGGAGCGUCUCGUCCUGGGCGUUGGUGAGCGACCACUCGGUUUCCAGAUCCUUGGGAAGGGACAGCCAAUUUCUGCUAAAGUCGGGCGAUGUGAGCCUCCUCGUCUCCGCCACCCCACUCCCACAUUUCAACCUCAUGGAGCAAGUGGUCGACCCAAAGAGCAACAAGUUCACCCUGCGAUUAUCUUCAGAAACCUCUGUCUGAGUGACUCCUCAGGGACCAGGAUAGCAGUGGAUGCACACCGUAUACUGCCCACUGAACCAUGAACACAAAACAAUACAAAAGGAACAAAUACUUAUGAUAAUUACUAUACGACACGCUAAUUAUUUAGCUGCUGGUGAUGCUAUUAAUACUUAUUCAUUCAUCAUUAUGUUAACUAGUUUCUUUAAAUAUACCUAAGCAUGAAUGCUAUACGCAGCGAAUGGACACACACUACGUAUUUAUAUAUGUAUACAAACUGCUAUUGCAUGUUUCAAUGUUUCCUGGUUAUAGACCAAGGUGGAAUUGUCAUCAUGAUAUUCUGGUAUAAAAAAAGUAUUAAUUUAUAAAUGUAUGCGAUGAUGAUGUUUAAAUUAUGCCAACAAAACCACCCUAUUUUUUAUACACUUCACUAUAAUAUAUGCAGUUGGUUCAACUAUAAUUUAUUUACUCAUAUUGCUACUUGAUAUUGCUACUGUUAUGCAUAGUAUACAUAUUUAUUUUACGUAUUAUGUAAUGUGUGCCACUCAGUCAAGAUAUUUGUGGCUGAUUAGUCAAAAAAUAGGCAUAUUGAUUAUAACUAUUGAUUAUAACCGAUAAUUUUAAAAAUAUUUUAGGAAAAUGAAAGCAAUCGUAUCAUGGAAAGCAAAAUAUAGAAACCCACGCCAAAGUGUGUUCUUGAUAAAUCCCAUAUCAUCACCACAUCACUUUUCUCCUCUCUACUUUUACAUACUGUCGACAUAUCCUCAUGAACUUGACUAUAAUUAUCGUUAUGAAUAUCACCAAAAUAAUUCAUGUACGGCUUUUAUGACGUUGUGAACUUGAUGUGCAUGCCUGUCUGAUUUUAAUAACUCAACAAAAAUCAGUACGUAUUCUUCAAAUUUGAAAUGACAAAACGUGCACUAUUUGUUAUUUAUGUGCCGCAUUACGGAAAUAUCUUUUACCAGAAAUGAAUAUAUGCAUAUAUAUCGUGCCUAAAAAACUGUCUGCCUAUUUAUUGCUAUGUAUGUCGCUGAUAAAGAUUGUCUUACAACCUGUUUUGUUUUUGUGCUCAAAACUUCUUGUAAAACUUGGAAAUUAAAAACGCUACAACUUUGAACAAAAAUUA